AUGACAACAGACAACACACGGAGUGUUACAGCAUCUCGUACUGUCAUCUCGCUGUUGUACAUGGAUUCGCACAACCCCAAGCUACCUAAUGCUGAUAUUACCCACAAAGACAGAGCAGCAACGUCUGGAGCAGCACGGGCCGCCGGUGUGGCCACCUCUGCUCAAGCUUUCCUCGACAGAGCAGCGACAUCUGGAGCAGCACGGGCCGCCGGUGUGGCCGCCUCUGUUCCAGCCUUCCUCGACAGAGCAGCGACAUCUGAAGCAGCACGAACCGCCACUGUGGCCUUCCCUGUUCCAGCCUUCCUCGACAGAGCAGCAACGUCUGGAGCAGCACGGGCCGCCAGUGUGGCCACCUCUGUUCCAGCCUUCCACGACAAAGCAGCGACGUCUGGAGCAGCACAAGCCGCCGGUGUGACCGCCUCUGUUCCAGGCUUCCUUGACCGAGCAGUGACGUCUGGAGCAGCACGGGCCGCCAGUGUGGCCGCCUCUGUUCCAGCCAUGCUCCACAGAGCAGCAACGUCUAGAGCAACAUGGGCUGCCGGUGUGGCCCCGACUGUAACAGCCAUCCUCGGCAGAGCAGCGACUUCUGGUGCAGCACGGGCCGCCAGUGUUGCCGCCUCUGUUCAAGGCUUCCUCGACAGAACAGCGACGUAUGGAGCAGCACGGUCCGCCAGUGUGGCCACCUCUGUUCCAGCCUUCCUCGACAGAGCAGCGACGUCUGGAGCAGCACAGACCGCCGCUGUGGCCGCCUCUGUUGCAGCCUUCCUCGACUGA